AUGCCAUCUCGAACAAGACAACUUCGCAAACGUACCGGUAAAAGUGGUCAAGACUCGUACGAAACCAAAGAAAGCGCCGAAUUAAAGCGACGUGUUCACAAGAUUAAUAAGGCUAUUGCGAGUGAAGAUGUCGCAGAACUGAGACGGCUAGCCAUUACUGGACCGGGUUUAAUCAACGAUGGGAUGAGAAAGUUGGCUUGGCCUUUGCUACUACACUGUAACAAUGAUAAAAAGAUCGAAAAAGUGGCUGACAAACAUAAACAAGAAGAACAAGUAACCCUUGACGUUGAUAGAUCCUUUGCCCAUUUUCGAAAAGGCACACGCAAAAUAACAUUAAAACAGAAUCAGCAUGACUUGUGUGAUAUAAUAGUUCAAGUUCUGCGUCGGCAUCCUUCACUUCAUUACUACCAAGGCUUUCACGACAUAUGUUCAAUCCUUCUUCUUGUCCUUGGCAAAGAGGCAGCCGCAUCUGCUGCGGAGAAUAUAGCAAUGUUCUUACUGCGGGACGCGAUGUUGGAUUCUUUUGAUGUAUUGCUAGGCCAGCUCACGCUGCUUAAUACCAUACUAUUACAAGAAGAUAAGGAAAUACAUCAGUUCUUGAUGGCUUGUGAUUUGUCGCCUUAUUUCUGUAUUAGCUGGGUGAUUACUUGGUGCAGUCAUGAUUUAAGGAGUUUGACGAAAAUUACAAGGCUAUUUGACUUUUUCAUUUCAUCUAAUCCGCUGAUGAGUGUGUAUCUUGCUGCCAAGAUUGUAUUAAACAGAAGAGAAGAACUGUUGGCGCUCGAUUGCGAUUUCGCGAUAGUACACUCCUUCUUGUCGAGACUUCCACAGAAUCUUCAAAUUAAUGAAUUAAUAAGAGAGACACAAUUGCUGUAUGAAAAAUAUCCGGCUUCCAAAAUACAGAAGUUGUCUGACCUUCCGCUUCAUCCCUU